AUGGACGGUCCACUUGACGUUGAUGAGAUUUGGAAAUUCCUGGGAACAUGGGGUAGAUACCAGAGAGGACAGAUAUUCCUGUGCCUAUUUUCUGUUAUACCUGAAGCGUUGCACAUCAUUUCAAUAGUGUUUUUAACCUAUCGUCCUCCAUUCGAGUGCAAUGUGACAACAGCCAGCGACAUAUUUCCUCAUGAAGAUCAAAACAACUCUACAUAUCGAUUCGUUUACAACAAAUGUACUAUAGAUGUGUUUAGCAAUGAUACGGAUUUCAACUCCACACUCAUAACAAGUACCGACUGUGUAUCGGGAUACACGUAUGACGAGCCGGAUGAUGUUUCCAUAGUAACGGAAUGGAAUUUGUUUUGCGAUGGAGGAGAGAAAGCAGAGCUAGCCCAAUCUUUAGUGAUUCUUGGGCAAGGAAUAGGAGCAGUGAUAUUCACCACCUUGGCAGACAUGUACGGACGGAAACCUGUUCAUAUACUUUGUCAUAUUGCCAUGUUUACAGUGUCAUUGUGUACUGCAUGGUCUCCAAGUCCUGCUGUCUUUACGGCCUUGCGGUUUUUAUUAGGAGUUUUCCAGGCGGGUACUGGUUUAACAGUUGCUGUCGCGGCAAUGGAGACUCUACCAGUGAAUUCCAGAUACUUGUGGGAUACUGCUGAUUUAUUAUUUUGGACCACAGGAUGCCUCCUUGUCACACCUAUUGCUUACGCCUUCCGGAAUAUGUCAUGGCGCUCUAUGCAAAUUGCGUUUGCCGUUGGAUCUGCUUACAGCCUUCUUGAAUAUUGGUUUCUUGAAGAAUCGCUUAGAUGGCUUCUUGCAAACAACAAGAAAGACCAAGCUGAGAAGAUUAUCAGGAUGGCUGCUCGAAUGAACGGAAAAGACUUUAAUUCUGUGAUUAAAGCGGCUUCCACCAAGGCGAAAGAAAUGGAGACGUUUCUGUCAAACAAUAUCACACCUACAGUAACAACGCCGACGUCGGAGGCAUGCAUGCAAAACAAUUCUAAAGACGAUUUAAAACCCACAAAACCGGAGAAAUACAAUGCAUUUACUAUAUUCAAACACAAGAGGAUUCUACUCAACUCUCUCAUUAUUUGGUAUACAUGGACAACGGACAGUCUUGUGUAUUAUGCGUUAUAUCUGAGUUCAAUGUCUCUCUCUGGGGAUCGCUUCGUCAACUUCUUCCUGAUGGGGCUUGUGGAGUACCCAGCUGCCGCCACUCAAUGGUAUUUCAUUAAAAGAUUUGGAAGGAGAAACCCUUGUGUGAUAUUCCAUACAGUUGCCGGUGUAUCUUUAGCAGUAUCCACAGUUUGUUUAGUAUACCAAGGUAGAUAUAUCAAGUUCUAA